GACACCUGGGGCUGUUCCCCCGCCCCACCGCGUUCUCCUCAGGCUCUCCCAUCCCCCUCCCUCGCCGCCACGAACCCCAUGGUGUCGCCUUCCCGGGCAGCUCAGGUUCCCGGAUCCCCUUACCCGGGCGGCUCGACUGUCUCGCCCUGUCGGGGGAGGGGAGGCCGCAGGAAGCGGCGGAUCCGGUGGUGGCGACAGCGGCGGCCCGGGUGGGUGACCCAGCUUCCCCAGAUAUGGAAAGCACAGCGACCAGCAAGGCCCAGGGGGCCGAGACCCCACGCGCGCCCACGCCCCCGCCCUCGCCCUCGGAGCCCCCGGCCGCGCCCCGCGCGCGCCCGCGCCUAGUCUUCCGCACACAGCUGGCGCACGGCAGCCCCACCGGCAAGAUCGAGGGCUUCACCAACGUCCGCGAGCUCUACGCCAAGAUCGCCGAGGCCUUCGGGAUCGCGCCCACCGAGAUCCUGUUCUGUACUCUCAACAGCCACAAAGUGGACAUGCAGAAGCUGCUGGGGGGUCAAAUAGGGCUGGAGGACUUCAUCUUUGCCCACGUGCGUGGUGAGACCAAAGAGGUAGAGGUCACCAAGACAGAGGAUGCUCUGGGAUUGACUAUCACGGACAAUGGGGCCGGCUAUGCCUUCAUCAAGAGAAUCAAGGAAGGCAGCAUUAUCAACCGGAUUGAGGCCGUGUGUGUGGGUGACAGCAUUGAAGCCAUCAACGACCACUCUAUUGUGGGCUGCCGCCACUAUGAGGUGGCCAAGAUGCUGCGGGAGCUGCCCAAGUCCCAGCCCUUCACCCUGCGCCUGGUGCAGCCCAAGAGAGCCUUUGAUAUGAUUGGCCAGAGAAGCCGGAGCAGCAAAUGUCCUGUGGAAGCGAAAGUGACCAGUGGGAGGGAGACCUUGCGGCUUCGUUCCAGGGGGGCUGCCACAGUGGAGGAAGUGCCUAGUGAGUUUGAGGAGGAGGCGUCCCGGAAGGUGGAUGACCUGCUUGAGAGUUACAUGGGCAUUCGGGACCCAGAGCUGGGUAAGGGGCCAGGCGUCCACCAUGGUGGAGACGUCCAAGAAGACAGUGAGUGUCCAGGAGUUUGCACGCUGUUUGGACUCCGUCUUGGGCGAGUUUGCCUUCCCGGACGAGUUUGUGGUGGAGGUGUGGGCCGCUAUAGGAGAGGCCAGGGAGGCCUGUGGCUAGUCUGCCCCGGGGCUGCACACAGCCCCAGCUCAGAGCCCAGCCCCCUACCUGAGCCCUGCUCCAGAACCCAGUCCAAACCUGAGACCCAGCCCUGCUCCAGAACCCAGGCCAGCUCUGAGGUGAAGUUUCUCUCUAGAACCCAAUCUAAUUUGGAGAUCCAAUCCAGCUCUCAAACCCAGUCCUCCUCUAGAAUCCAGCCCAGAUCUGAGGCCACCCUAUGCUCUACAGCUCAGGUCAGCUCUCAGAUAGAGUCCACCUCUAGAGUCCUGUCUGGCUCCGAGACUAAGCCCACCUCUGAGGCCAAGCUCAGCUCUGGAACACAGCCUAGAUCAGAGACCAAGCCAUGCUUUGAAGCCCAGGCCAGUUCUGAGACUAAGUCCAUUUCUACAAUCCAACUGAGCCCUGACAUCAAGCCAAGUUCUGGAACCCAGACAAGUUCUAAGACUUCAGCCACCUCGGAGAAUAAUCCUACUUCCAGAACCCAGGCCAGCUCAGACAUUAAGCCCUGCCUUAAGACUCAACCUGACUCUCAAACUCAAGACAACGCCAUGACAAAACCAUACCUGAAGACUCAGUCCAGCUCCAGAAUACCUGUUACUUUUGGGACUCAGGUGAGAUUCAAGAAGCAGCCCAGCUACAGAACCCAAGGCAGCUCAGGAUUCAAAGACAGCACCCAUACCCAACCCUCUUCGAGAUCUCAGACCAACUCAGAGACCCAGAUCCAUGCUGCUGCCCAGUCUGGAUUCCAACCUCAGCCCUGCUCUAAAACCCACUUUCACCCACGUACCCACCCCCAUCCUGUAGCUCAGUCUAGUUCCAGCGAUGAGUUCAGCUCGGAGAGAGUGCCCCGCUCUAGACUCCAGCCUCUUGCUGCAACCAGGCUCAACUCCAAAAUUCAGACCAGCUCUGACACAAGGCCCAGCUCCAGGGCACAGCCUGGAAUGGAGCCCUACUCUCCCUCUAAAGCACAAACUAGCUCCAGAAUGCAGUCCAGCUCAGGCACCCAGACCAACUUCAAGGCCUGGCCAAGCUUCAGAGCUCAGUCCAGCUCAGGCACCCCACCCAGCUCCAGAACUCAGCUCAGUUCUGGAGCACAGACUGAUCCAGAAAUCCUAGCCACCUCCAAAACACAGUCAGUUUCUGAGACCCAGCCAAGUUCCAGAAUCCAGAUAAACUCUGGAAUCCAGUCUAGUCCUGGGUCCCAGAAUGUUGUAGCAACUGAGUUAAGCUCCAUAACCAUAUCUAGUUCUGAGAGCAGGCCCAGCUCCAGGACCCAGCACAGCCUAAGAGUUCAACCCACCUCAGGGACUCAACUCCUCUCUAAAACCCUAACAAGUUCCAGAUUCCAGUUCCAGACCACAACCCAAGCCAGCUCUGGUAUUCAGCUAGACUUUGGGAAGCAGAUCAGCUCUGGAAUUCAGCCCAGUUCUAGAAUCAAGCUCAGCUCUGGGACCCAGACGAGUUCAAGAAUUCAAACUGGAUCUGGAGCCCACCUUAGUUCUGAAACUCCACCUGUUUCUGGAACCCAACUCAGCUCCAAAACCCAGACCACUUCUGGUACCCAGCUCUACUCUGGGACCCAGGCCAGUGCAAGAAUUGAGCCCAGUUCUGAAGCCCACCUAAGUUCCAGAAUCCAGUUCAGUUCCAAGAUUCAGCUCAGUUCAGAGACCCAGGCCAGUGUAAGAAUUCGGCCUAGCUCUGGAGCCCACCUCAGUUCUGGAACCCAUUCUAGUUCUAGAGCUCAGACCAGUUCAAAAAUCUGGCUCAGCUCUAGAAAUGGGCUCCAUCCACAGACUCCUGGCCAGGACCCUAGAACUCAGUCUGACACCCCUGCCCCACCCCAACCUCAGUUGCCAGGCACCCCACCCAGAGUCCCCACUUCAGCCCCUGGCAAAGUCCCCCAGACUCUGUCUCAGCCCCAUGAUCUGGCACAAAGCACCCAGGCCUGCCCUGGCCCUGGUGGAGACCCAACAGCCUCCCACAUGGCCCUGCAACCACAGGUCUCCUUAGCUCCCCAGAAGCCAGCCCUGUCCCCCAAGCCAGAGGUGGGACCCCACAAGUCCAAGUUUCCUAGAACACCUGUCACUCCUGGUCCUGCCCCCAGAGAAACCCUCCUGAUCUCCCAGCCCCUUAACUCACCAGCUCAGGAGUCUGCCCACUCCCCCCAUGCUUAGAGAGCCAGGGCCCCUCUCUCGUGGUGGGGGAGCUGUGGGUAGGGGGCUGGGGUACUACUGAGGCUCCUGUAUUCCCCUCGUGGACCUUCCAACCUGCGUCCUCCAGAAGCAGCUGGUGACCUCAUGGUGACCUCAUUCACCCAGGAGGCAGAGGGGGUUGCCACAGUGGAAACACUGGGCUUUGGUUUCGGGGGCCUGGCUCUCAGCAGUGUAAGCAGAUCCAGGCCUUGGUGGGAGGAGGGUGCAGGGGCAGGUUGUCCUCAUGCACUGUGAGGACUCCAGGUGAAUAAAGGCACC